ACCAUGGUCCCGCGCGCCGCGGCAGCCGUGGGGCUGCUACUCGUUCUGCAGCUCACAGACAGUGGCGCGGAAGGAGCCAGUCUGGUGGGUCGAGCCAUCCACCCGAAGACGCGAUGCUGUAAAAAGACGGAAGCCAUCGCGCCACUCCAAGGCAUCAUCACGCUGGAUGCCUGCAAGGAGUACUGCACCAAGUACAAGCUGCAGCCCAUCCAGCUUGGGCCCAAGUCGUUCGCAUGCAAGCGCCCCAAGUACGCGUGCGACAAGAUGGGUCAAGGCGAGGAGUGUGGCGAGUGCUACAAGGCCGGAACCUGCUUCCUGAUGCCGUUCGUGGGCGGCAUCAGCCUCUCCCGGCGAACAGACAUCAGCAAACGCCGGCUGGCUGAGCAGGAGCAGCGUCAGAAGGUCUACAAGGAGAAGGGCGAGGGCACCCGCGACACAGGAAUAGGCGGUAUCAUGUCCAUUCGCGGUCAGAAGACGGGCAAGUCGAGCGAGGACGAGCGCAACGCCGCCCAGAUUCUCAGCAAGAGCGUCACCACCUCACUCAGCACAGAGAACUUUGGCGGAUUCCCCAAGGGCGGAUCAUUGAGCCAGAAGGAUUUCCUGAGCGGCGCAGGAGAUCUCGGACAAUUCGCCGGCCGAAUCGGUCCUAAUGGCGCCAUCCAGCAAACAACGGGGCUGGAACUGGCCAAGCGGAAGCGACUGAAGAACACUAAGAGACAGGAGACGAACCGGCAGCAGGAGAACUUUGCGCAGGACCUGGCCGCGCUAGCUCCAGGGCAGAGAGGCUCGCUGACAUCCAAGGGUGACAAAAAAGAGUUACGAACGGAAAGAGGCAGACGCGCUGAGACCGAACAGGCCACCACCAAAUCCAAGAAACUCUCACUCAGCGGCACCGCCGCCAAAGGAUUCGCAGGCUCGCGCGGCGGCCCCGUCGAACUGCUGGAGGAGAAUCAGGCUGUACUAGGCACGGAGAGUGAGCUCCGGGAAGGAACCCUCGUCUCCGCGGGCACCACCAAACAGAACCUUCGGCUCGCAGGUCGCGGCGGAGACCUCGAGGUCGGUUCGCUGGAGCGGCGCAGCAGUGACAAGGCCCAGAGCCGGACCGCCAUCAAGGGAAGGAGCAUCGGCAAGGCUAAGCUGCGCCAGGCGGCCACCGAUGAAGGCCUCAAUCGUGACAUCCAGACAGAAGUGCUCGGGGAGCGACAGACCAACACGGCCACCAAACAGUCCGGAAACUUUGUCCAGGUGGAGAAGAAGGGCAAAAAGUGCGACCACUGCACCAGCACGAUGAAGAAGCUGACCAAGGGUCGGACAUUCGGCAACUCCCGGGAGCGACUUCAGGAGCAGACAAAGGAGAACAAACGCAGCUCACUGCGCGGCCGCGCCGGACAGGGCGCCACGGUAGUCACCACGGGCCGGGAGACGAGCCGAUUCCGGCGGGCGCGCCAGUCCGGCUCCGGCUCCGACAUCCAGGAGAAGUACCAGGGCGCCAACAGCCACCUGUCCGCAACCGGCUCUGUGCGCGGCAAGGUCACCGGCUCGGUGGCCACGCGAGCCCGCAAACGCAGCUUUGAGACCGAGGAGGGCCUCUCGACCAACGACAUCAAGGAGCUGGAUAUACUGGGUUUCCCGAGUACCCACAAAGGCUAAGGACGUCUCUAUGGAGCCGUGAUGACCUCAAGACUCGGAACUGACCUGACCUGACCUGCGUCCCGUGUGGGGUGUCCGUUUCGCGUGCUGUGACUCUGUGCUGUCCCGCGCCCCCCAGCUGAUACUCAUUCAUUGGUCAACUGUAUGCCUGUUUGUGAGCCCGUCAAUGCGAUGUGAAUAUAUGGGGUAAUGCAAGA